UGUCGAGUACGUGACAGUCGCGCGUGGAAUCCGCGCUCACUCACAUUCUGUUUUCAGUUUCAUUAUGUCAAUAUUAUACCGUCAAGUGGAACUAAAUAAAUACUACACGUGCUUUUAGUGGUGAAGGGCAAGAUGAGCUCGACCUGUUUAUGGCACGCCUGCAGAGCUCUGUCAGCUGGCCUGCUGCUGAUGCUGCUCGGAGCCGCCAUGGCUGUAAUAGGGUACUACGCGGAGACGCUGUCGGUGGCGCAGGAGAUACGCGGCAAUUCUACCAUCUCUGUGAAGGACGAGGCGCGAGGCUUCCAUCUCAACAACCUCUCGUACGCUGGACCAAUCGUUAUGGGCUUUGGAGGAUUCAUCGUGGUAGCGGCGUGCGUGAUGACGUUCGAGGCGCGGGACAGUGCAGCGAAGGUGACGCCGGCGCGGCCGCAGGCGCUGCCUCGGCCCCUGCCGCGGCGCGGGCCGGCGUGCGCUGCGCCCGCGCGGCUCGACCAGCUCGGCGUGUACCGGCUGCCGCACGUGCUGCCGCUGCCGCACGCGCUGCCGCUCGCCCCGCUACCGCACCGCCAUCGUCCCACACAUCACAGAACUGGUGGAGAGAGAGGGAAGGCUCGGGCUCGGUUUGGGUCGGCGCCCGACCUGCAUAGCGCCAGUACCCGCGCUGCCAUGCCCGUCAGUGCGCUGCGCCGGCCGCUGCGCCGCUACGCCCUCUCCGUAGACGAGCCCCCGCAGUCAGCAGUUAGUGCCAGUGCAGCUGAGUCUGAGUGUGGGUCACAGUCGUCGCUAGCACUGGACUUGCACGGUAGUGGCGCGUGCGCAGGAAUCACAUUGCGCGUGCGCGACAACACACGCCGUCGGCCACUAGCGCGCCAACAGCGACUCAGGGACGACACCGUUCAUCCAACUCCGGUCGCGAGUAUCAACAACAUAAAUAACAUAGAAGAGCCUACAUUCAGGUCAGACGAAAAACCUAGCAGUAAUAACCCAGUAGAAAUGCAUUUAUGUGUGGAACAAGAGGAACGUGCGAGCAGUGCACCGCCCGCGCCGCCGCCGCAGUCCUCCCCGCCGCCGUCACCGCGGCUCGUCGUCACCCCGUGCUUGCCCGAGCCUCCGAGCACGCCGCCGGAGACAUACAUCGUCAUCGAACCCGCGCAACAAACCCCAGAACACAAUGUGGAGGACAAAUGAGAAACGCCUCAGUCUCGCACCGACGAGACAAUCCAACGAGUUACAGACGCGGAUGAAGCCUCUUGUUAAUACUUUUGUAUGAAUUAUACAACGUUUUUCAGUUAUUACGAGAGAAUAAUGUAUUGUACAAACAUACAUUUACUUACCGAGUUUUCGAUGUGUCUUCAUAAAACGGCGACAAUUAGUAUCUAUUUUUAGACCCACUAUUAUGAGGUAUUAUAGUUAAUUGGUAUAUACCUAUGUGCAUUUACGCAAACUAAUAUGACAAAGAUGUAGGCCUACCACCUGGCAAUGAUAACAUCUUUCAAUCUAAAUAAUAUGGUGCCGUAGCAAAGAAAAUAUUUGUAAAUGUUUGUACGAUUAUAUGUAUAGAAAGAAGUAUUAGUGCGUUGCAAUUAGAAAUCAUGUCGGUUAAGAAAACCAAUAAAUUUGUAACUCCAGUAAUUAUUACAAAAACAUUCGUAGUACCGUGGAUCUCAAUGGAACAGCUUAUGGUAUAAGUAGUCGCGAGCACAGACACUGACUGUAGAUAGUACCUAAGUAUCCUCAGUAUGAGAAUGCGUUGAAUCUCGCACUGUACAACUUCAAUGUUGACUGUACUUGUUGAUUGAGGUGAGAUGUUAUGUUACGAAUGUAAGAUGUUAUUGAAGGCCUACACAACACUUUCAAUGCCCCGACGAUUUAUUAUAACGACACUGAUAAUCUAACAAUAGACGCGAGCGACAGUAUCGCAUCCUGAAUCGUAGAGCUAAUGCGUAUCAGAUUAGGUACAAUGUCAACCAUUUGUAUCCAUCUAUGUACCUUAUAUUUUCAUCAAAUUAUUUAAAAUCACUUAAUUAUUCAAUGUCACUCUAAAAACAACUAAGGUUAUAAUUAUCUAAACAGUAAUAUAAUAAAUAAACUUCUAUCAUUUUUAAUUUAAUCAUUCGUUAUUAAAUUAAAAGACUGAUAAAAGCGAAUUUCGUAUGAAUUCACAUAAUCUUACAAUAAAAUAAAAGUUAAAUCAUUUUUUGUGGAAUAUUCAUAAAGUUCAUACAUAAUUUAUAACAUGCCUACAUGUCAAUCUUUAUUUAAUUUUAAUUAUUAAUCAAUAAUAAAUAUUUAUUUUAAAUAUUAUUAACACAUUAACUGCCACUUAGGUCACCGGUGAUCUACGUUAGUAGAGGAUUUGCCUUCAACAGUUUUCUGAUGGCAGUUAAAGGCUUAACUAGCUUUUGCCCGCGACUUCAUCCGCGUGGUAUAAUCAGAAUCAGAAAUUAUAUCAAAAGUUUAUUAUGUCAUAUGAUAAUUAUACUAAACAAAAUUGUACUAAAUGAAAUUAUGUCAAGGGAUAAUGAGACAAUUUGUUAUUAUGUCAACUGUCACACAUCCAUACUAAGCUUUCCGAUCUAAAACAAACCAAAAGGGGAAGGGGGAAUGACAAUAAAAUAAUAAAAAACUCGCUCGCAAGACGAGUGCGAAACAAACACUGCCGUACCAUCCUUUAUUAGAACCAUUUCACCACAUUUUCAGGCCCCUAUUUGAGAACCUCUGGAUAACUCUAUCUUAGUUUAUUUACCAGUUUUAAUCAUCAAACAAACAAUAACAUAGGAAUGAUUUCAAGUUUGACUCCGAAAUAACAUAAAAAUGUACUAUGAGACUUGUCGUGCACUUUUAACAAAAAACAUCUACAUUUUCUAAGCUUUUAUAUGAGAUAUAUACUACUUCAACAUACCUGGACUAAUGCUGAAGACAUGCACAUACAAUUUGACAUGUGAUUAGAUAAACCCCGUUGUGCCUCGGGACCCCCUUCCCUUACUUAAUACAUUUGCACCUCCUUUACAGAUUUGUGCUAAUUUAAUAUGUUUUCAUCAAAACCAUUUCCAAAGAAGGAUUCAUACGAUUUAGUGUAGGUAGAUCUUAAAUAAUACUUAACGACGAAGCGUACAUAAUACUUGUAGUGUAGGCCCCUACUUUGUACUUGUUACUUUAUGUACAUAGACAAUACUUAAACUAAAUAAUAAUGGAACUUAUGAACUUAUUGUAUGUAUGAAACUUACAUUUUCAUCAUGUCUGAGUAAACACAAAGACUUUGAUUAGUACUUAUUAAGUCUGUUACCAUUUAUAUUUCAGCACGAAUUUCCGAUAAUCUGUAGAUACAGCUCAAUAAGUUUUGAUGUAUGUAAUCAUGUAAUUUGUCAUUAAGUGAAUGGUGGUUGAUUAGUAUAGAAUGUUAACUCGAGUAGGAAGAUGUCGGUGUGUAGGAUGUGAGUCGAGUUCGAAGGUAUCGCUUGACUUACUAUCAUGAUUGUUACGUCCAAGUCUAUACAUACAUAAAUGUAUACAGGUAUUUUACGUAAUCAAUGGGUCGCGAAAGGGGAUUUCUUUUUAUUUUAUUUUAUUAAAAUGUAUUAUUGUGAGAAGGAAAUUACAAUUAAAGUAACGUAUCUAUGUAAGUGAUCAAAAUAUUGCUUAAAAUACGACACUCGCUGAAGGCCUAACCUGAAGUUUGUUUCUUUGUAGUGAGAAGAUAAAUUAAAGAGGGAACUAAAGCUAACUGCAUAGUUAUGGUGAGUAGAUGCGUAUAUAAUGAGAAAAAUAAACAGAUAUACUUUUUUAUUAAGGCUUUUUAAACAGAUUUAUCUUAUUGUUUAAACCCCCAUAGAUGGUUACAUUGUUCUACAGGAUCUUAUUUAUAAGUAGGAAAAAACGUCUUGUGAAUGAUAUUGAAUAUUUACGGUCAUGGGCUUAGCAAUUUAUCAGGGAUUGACUGAUUCAUUAUUUUGAAAUUACUUUGAAUAAUGUGCGUUAGUUACAUGUUGCAUUACCUACAAAAAACUUGGAAAGUUUUCACCGAUUAUCGUGUAGAGAUGCGUUCCCCGCUUUAGCUUAGGUGUGUUUCUUCCAGCACUCUGUUACUUAAUAAUCAUACGAAUAAGGAGAUUAUUGGUAUUCAAUCUCUAAAUUUCGUAUUGCAGUUGCAGUAGAUCGAGUUGAACUACAUGCAACAUUCUAGGAAUAAAUCGGGUCUUGUAUAAAAAAUGUCGAAGAAAAAGGGCACAGAAGAAAGUAAGAAAGGAAAAUAAUUUAUUCAGCACC